CCAGGGAGUACAUCGACAAAAACUUUGCCAGACUGUUUUGAGGCUCAAGAAUGUGCCAAGCAUGACCCGAAAUGGAUAUAACAAUUUGCUGUGUGUAGCUGGAAUGGAGGGUUGCCGGGGAAGCAUAGAUGAAUGAGAUGAGAUUACACGCGCAGAAAGAAACAAAUGGAGAAGAAAUUGUCGAGGGAUGCUUUUAGCGGAUUAGGUGACUAUUGGAAAGAAGGCAGUGCGUGGAGGGGUUAUCUCAUGUCCAUGUCCCUUUCCCUACCUACCAUCCUGCUUCUCUGCAUUACAGAACUAGUCCGUGCUAAUAUCUCUUUCUCAGCCUCAAAGAACAAUGAAUCUAGAUGGAAGUGUCCACAGAUGCUUCAGGCCCGACAACUGCAGACCGGACGGAACACCUUGGAGUGCUAGAGGAUAUUUCACUUCCCCAACUCCACUAUGAUA